UGCGUGCUUGAGGGCUAGGGGAGAGACGUCAUUCCCUGGAACCUGCGGACUUCCUCUCUGCUUGUCUGGUCCGUCUGUCUGCCGGUUGCUGGUCCCAGGCUCGCUCUCUGGCCCAGCCCUCUGUCAUCUCAGCAGCUGUCUUUCUCGUGCCCGCUGGCCUGUCUCUCUCCUUCCCUGCAAUCGCCUUCUUCUCCGCCUGCCUGGGUGGCCGCCAUGGGCCGGAAGCGGCUCAUCACUGACUCCUACCCAGUAGUGAAGAGAAGGGAGGGCCCCGCUGGACACAGCAAGGGGGAGCUGGCAACAGAGCUAGCGGAAGAGAUCCAGCCCCUGAGUGUGGAUGAAGUGGAGCUGGAGCUGCUGAGGCAGUUUGACCUGGCCUGGCAGUAUGGGCCCUGCACAGGGAUCACAAGGCUGCAGCGCUGGCAUCGGGCAGAGCAGAUGGGCUUGGAGCCUCCCCCAGAAGUGUAUCAGGUGCUACAAACCCACCCUGGAGAUCCCCGCUUCCAGUUCAGUCUCUGGCAUCUCUAUCCCCUUUGAGGUCCCACCUAAGGUCUCCUGCUCGCUACCCAAGAACCUCAGGACACAAGCAAGAGCCAGUUACUGCCUCUCAGCUCAGCCCUGCUGUGGAGGAUGUUGCAGGAAGGAGUCUUGCAGGGAAGGAAAGAGACUGAAUCUGGAAGUCUCCGUGCUCAGCCCUCCAUCUAACCAGCAGAGCCCCUCUGAGAGCUGAGGAGCACUUCCUGCAUUGGUGGUGGUCUCUGAGGACAAGGACCUGGACAUGACCAUUCUGAUACCUGCCGUACACCUCCUUGACCUAAACACUGUGAUUCUGGGGAUGCUGUAGCAAUGUAGGCACAGUCUUGGCAGAACAGACUUAGCAGAUGUACUUCCUGCCUAGGGCUAGGAAUCUGAGGAUAGAACUGGCUAAGCUUACAGGGCAAGGGGUUCACUAAUGCUUAUCAAUAAAUAACACAGCCUGGCACCCUAA